AUGCAUCUCCGAGCAGGGCGUCACGAGCGCAGACGCCCGCCGUCGUGGAUAUGGACAAGGUUUGACCGGGUUUGGCUCGCUGCCAUGGCGGUUGUGAUGUGGAUACCGAUGAGACCGCUCCAAGCUUUUCCCACCGCUUCCCUCAGCCACUGUCAGACUCCUACCGGCUGGAACUGCUCUGAUUCAGAGGAGAGGGACUCUGUCUUCCAGUGUGACACAGACUCCUGUCAGUAUGACGGGGAGUGUCUAAAGAUAGCAGAGGCCAUGACCUGCAUCUGUGACUUUAAGUGUAGUGCAGAUUAUUCCCCGGUGUGUGGUUCCAACAAUCACAGAUAUCAGAACGAGUGUUUUCUGAGACGGGAAGCCUGUCAGCUUCAGACGGAGAUACACACUGCAUCUCUGGGCCCUUGUCCUACAGACGCUGGUUCAGGAUCAGGUGAUGGUGGCGAAGGUAGUUCUGGAGAGGCUGGUGUGGGACAGAGGGACUCGUCCUGUGAGAUGUGUCAGUUUGGAUCGCAGUGUGACGAAGACGCAGAAGAUGUAUGGUGUGUGUGUAACAUCGACUGUUCCCACAUCAGUUUCAACCCUGUGUGUGCUUCGGACGGCCGUUCCUAUGACAACCCCUGUCAGGUAAAGGAGGCCUCGUGUCAGAGACAGGAGAGGAUCGAGGUCACACACCUGGGCCACUGCCACGGUACACAAACACACACACACAUACCUCACACACACACACACACACGCGCGUGCGCGCAACACACACACACACAAGUUCCAUUAGAACCACAAAAUGUAGAAAAGCAAUGGGAGGGGGGCGUGUACAUCCCCUGUCCUUCCCGCUACAGGAACUACUGUCUCCAUGGAGACUGUCAAUACCCUGACAACCUGGGCCCGCCCUCCUGUAGCUGCCAUGCAGGGUUCAGCGGGCCCCAGUGUGAGCAGAAGGACUACAACGUUCUGUUUGUGGUUCCUGGUUCUGGAAAGACCCGCUAUGUUCUCAUCGCCUCCGUCAUCGGAGCGCUGCAGAUCACCAUUAUCACCCUGGUGGUGCUGUGUGUCACAAGGAAGUGCCCUGGGAAGAAGAGGAAGUCUGUCCAGAAGCAGAGUGGGGCUCUGUACGAUACAGACAGCACGCUCCGCACUGCUACUCUUCCCAUCUGA